CUCUCUCUCUCUCUCUCUCUGCUGGCUGGAAGAAACAGGACAGCGUGUCGGAGCCAAGGAGGAGAAGGCGUACACUUCCUCCUAUUUCCUUCGCCUGCUCUGAAACCUACAAGUUUUUCUUUGGGUACUUUCCUCCAACAGAAGGACUUUUUAAUUCGGAGCUAUCUGUUUUUACUUUAAAACAACAUAAGGGGGAUCUGAAGACAUCUUUACCUCCUGCAGACAUGAACUGGGGAACGGAUCUGUGGGACCAGUAUGAAGUCAUUGACAAGCACACCCAAUCUGGCCUGGACCUGGUGGAGCGUUACAUAAAGUUUGUAAAAGAGCGGACGGAGAUUGAACAGAACUACGCCAAGCAGCUCAGGAACCUGACCAAGAAGUACACCAAACGAGGAAGCAAAGACGAGCAGGACUGCAAAUAUAGCAAUUAUGCAUCUUUCCAGGACAUCCUGAAAGAGCUGAAUGAUUACUCCGGACAACGAGAGCUCAUUGCCGAAAACAUGGUUGAAAAUAUCUGUAAUGACCUCAGCAAGUACCUCCAGGAGCUCAAACAGGAACGCAAAACGUUCCUGGCGGAUGUCAGAAAGGCCCAGCAGACUUUGGAAAGCAGCUUCAAACACCUAGAAACGACAAAAAAGCGCUUCGCCAAGGAGUGGGGGGAGGUAGAGAAGGCCAACCAGCAUGUGGAGAAAUUUGAGAACGAUCAAUCCUCCACCAAGCCUGAAGUUGAGAAAGCCAAGCAGAACGCCUUGGCACGCACACGCACGGCAGAGGAAUGUAGGAACGACUACGCAGCAGAGCUCCAGAAAUACAACAAGGAGCAGAACAGCGUCUAUUAUGUAGAGAUACCGCUGAUCUAUAACAAACUGCAGGACUUGGACGAGCGGAGAAUCCGGAGGCUGGCCGAGGGCUACUGCCAGUUUUCAGACUUUGAGAAGAAGGUCCAUCCCAUCAUCAGCAGGUGUCUCGAGGGAAUGUCUGCAUCAGGAGCCAAAGUUAAUGAGAAACAGGACUCAUUACUCUUCAUAGAGCAACACAAGUCUGGUUUUGAACGACCUGCAGACCUGGAGUUUGAGGACUAUUCCCAGGGAAUCAAACCAGCGAACUCAGAAUCCACCCUCAACCCACCAAAACUGCGGCCCAAGCUCUGGCCUUUCAAGAAACUCAAGCAACCCGCUGCAGAACCUGAUUUCUCGCACCUGCCUCCAGAACAGAGGAAGAAGAAGUUGCUGAGUAAGAUUGAGCAUAUCAACAAAGAGUUGCAGAAGGAGCAAGACCAAAGUGAAGCGCUGGAGAAGAUGAAGGGUGUGUAUGAGAAGAAUUCCCAGAUGGGAGACCCUUCCAGCCUGGAGCCCCGAAUCACAGAAACGUCCUACAAAAUAGGCCAGCUAAAGGGGGAGCUUGUUAAAUAUGAGACGUGGUUAUCUGAAGCAGCAGGAGGAGGAGAUGAAUAUUGCAUCCCCAUCAAUAACAACACUCAACAUGGCCCUGUGACAACAACCGAUCCAUCUCAGAAUAUAUACUCAGAGUUUGAUGAAUUUGAAGAUAUUGAAAUUCCCAUUGGCCAGUGCACCGCACUCUACACCUUUGAAGGCAACAGUGAAGGUACCAUUUCCAUUAAGGAAGGAGAGCUGUUGACUGUAAUGGAGGAGGAUAAGGGAGAUGGAUGGAUGAGAGUCCUCAAAGCCACUGGAGAGGAGGGAUAUAUACCUUCAUCUUAUGCUCAGCUCGCAUCUCAACUUACAUAGCUCAUUCA